CCUAGUGCACGUACUGUUACAGCUCCAACCUCACCAUGUUUCCGCAAGCACUUCUUCUGCUCCUCCUUCAUUGUUGUCACAUCGUUGCUUCAUCAUCCAUCAUCAACACCCUACCGGGUUUUUCCGGCAACCUCCCCUUCAAACUUGAAACCGGGUACGUUGGGGUGGGCAAUUUGGAUGAUAUUCAGUUGUUUUAUUUCUUCAUCGAGUCGGAGAGAAGUCCCAAGGAAGAUCCUUUACUGCUUUGGCUCAGCGGAGGUCCUGGUUGCUCUUCUUUUACUGCCAUGGUAUACGACAGUAUAGGUCCAUUAAUUUUCAACUACGCAAAUUCUAGUGGGAACGAACCAACAUUUUUGUUGAAUCCAUACGCAUGGACAAAGAUUGCCAACGUAAUAUUUUUGGAUCAACCUGUUGGUACUGGAUAUUCCUACGCAAAAAGUUGGGAAGAAUACCGGACCGGUGAUACAUUAUCAAGUUCUCAGACCUAUGAAUUUCUAAGGAAGUGGCUUAAAGAUCACCCUCGAUUUCUGAAAAAUCCACUAUAUAUUGCUGGUGAUUCAUAUUCAGGCAUAACCGUUCCCAUCGUUGCUCAACAAGUAUCCAACGGUAACGAAGCCGGGCAUGAACCACCAAUGAAUCUCAAAGGUUACGUGCUUGGCAACCCAUGGACAGAACCAACAUAUGACGUGAACUCACGAAUUAAAUAUGCUCAUCGCAUGGCACUCAUAUCCAAUGAACUCUAUGAGUCAACUAAAACAAAUUGCAAGGGAGAGUAUGUUCAAGUAGAUCCAAGCAAUGCACCUUGUGUGGAAAACCUCCAAGAAGUCAAUGAGUGCAUCCAAAAGAUAAAUCUUGCACAAAUAUUGGAGCCAAAGUGUAGUACUCUGUCUCCAAAACCAAAAAGAUUCAAAUGGGAUCAGAACUUUGCUGAAGAGGACUUGUUAGAUGUGCUGCAUUAUUCUACGAAAUCAUGGUGUCGUAGUUAUAACUAUAUCUUCUGCUUCAUUUGGGCUAAUGACAAAACUGUCCAAAAUGCUCUACACGUUCGAGAGGGAACAAUAAAGGGUUGGGAAAGAUGCAAUCAGAGCUUAGAUAGCAAUUAUGCAUAUGAUGUUAGAACUAGUAUUGACUAUCAUCGAAAUCUCACCAAGAAAAACCUUAGAGCACUGGUUUACAGUGGUGAUCAUGACAUGAUUAUUCCAUAUGUGGGCACUCGAGAAUGGAUAAAAUCUCUAAAUUUGAGUGUUGAUUACCAAUGGAGACCAUGGUUUGUUAAUGGCCAAGUUGCAGGGUACACCAAUGCAUAUACACUGAAAGCGUACAGUUUGACAUUUGUUACUGUAAAGGGAGGUGGCCACUCAGCUCCAGAAUACAAGCCUAUGGAAUGUCUUGCCAUGGUUGAUAGGUGGUUUGCAUAUUACUAUGUUUAAUUACCUCAUUCAUUCCAAUACUUUUGUGCCCCAAAGUCUUGGAUGUUGCAGCUGGUACUGCUUUGGUGAAUAAAUUUCCAAGAAUAUUGUUCGCUUAAUGAAUGUUAGAGUUUUGUAUAGGUUUUGAAGAAGAAGAGAAAAACAAUAUGCAAGAGAAAACUGAGAGCUAAGCUAAAACAAAACUUCUGUAUUUUUGUAUUGUAUGCUCUAAAAACUUUCGGGCAAGCACAGUGUGUGCUAUAUGACUGUUAGAGAAAUAGCUGGAUUCUCUUACAUCACUUGAGAAUCACAGCCUUACAUCCAAAACUGCCUUCUAAGAUCUUUACACGUGGCUAUAGCCACUUAACACUAACUGACGCCUCACACUUGCCUAUUUUAGAGACUAAGUGAAUACACCAUUUCAGCUUAGGGACUUUAAUCACACUCUCAUCAGCUCACCACUUA